AUGGUUAAUCAGAAGUGGUUAGAUCAUUAUCCAACUGCAGUCACCCAUUUUCUUCCUGAGGGGCAAUUUGAUCACAGCCCUGUGGUCAUAACAGUCUAUCCAAAUCUAGAGAUUGGUAGACACCCUUUUAAGUACUAUAAAAUGUGGAGUAAUGCUCCAAAUUUUCUUGAUAUUGUCAGAAGUAGUUGGAGCAUUAUGGUGCAAGGUACAUUGAUGUUUCAAGUGGUGCAAAAGUUGAAAAAUACAAAGUUAGCUUUGAAGAAAUUGAAUAGAGAAGGAUAUUCUGACAUACAAUGUAGAGAUAUUCAGGCUUAUCAGAAAUUGAUCAAAUGUCAAGAGAACCUGCAACAGAACCCUAGAUGUGCAGAAGCUCGAAGAGAAGAGGAUCAGGCAGCUGCUGAAUAUAGGCAGAUUCACAAGAGCUACCAAGAGUUUCUUACUCAGAAAGCUAAGAUGCAAUGGUGUAAAGAUGGAGAUGAAAAUACAGCAAUAUUUCAUCAAUCCAUCAAGAAUAGAAGAUUGAAGAACACUGUGAUUGCAAAAGGGCCAGUACUGAAGAGAGAACACAUUCAGUUGCUGUCUAUGCCUUAUACUGCUCAGGAGGUGAAAGAAGCCUUGUUUUCUAUCCCAGGUGAUAAAAGCCCUGGUCCAGAUGGAUAUGGAACUCAUUUUUUCAGAGAUGCAUGGGAUGUAAUAGGUGAGGAGAUCAUUCAAGCUGUGUUAGACAUGAUACACUCUGAUAAGCUCCUUUCUGAACUGAACGCUACAACUCUAACUCUAGUUCCUAAAGUUAGAUGCCCAAGUUCUGUUAGUGAGUUUAGGCCAAUAGCAUGCUGUAACACUCUAUAUAAAUGCAUAACCAAAAUGAUUUGUAAAAGAUUGAGCUUGAUUUUGCCUGAGAUAAUAGCUGAGAACCAAGGAGCUUUUGUGAAAGAAAGAUUUAUAGCACACAACAUAAUGGUCUGUCAGGAUUUGGUAAGACAUUAUGGGAGGAAAAAUAUAGCAAGCCAAGUUGUAUUAUGA